CAGAGGGCUGGCACAAGGACGAUUCAAUUCUUGCCUGCUCUCGAUAACCUGCUUUAUCUGGUAGAGAUCUGGCAUCGACUCGACACUCAGCGCCUAAAUACUGCGAGCCGGGCGCAGGAAGUCGGCCGACCGCUGCCCUCUCACUUCGCCAUGUUCAAUUACUCGAAGAAGCUCAUCUUUGGCGAUGACCGCCUCCUCGAAUUCAAACGGUCCACAACACACGGUAUUGCUCGCUUGUGGACGCAAAAGGCUAUCCCAAUCUCUGAUCACCGCUAUUGGUCCGAGUACCUGCGCGUCUUCGACUCGAGCUCCGACGUCUUCUCGCUCUUGGGGGUAGCAGACAUCAGGCGAGCAUUGGUUGCGGCCCCAGAAAAUGUUCACACACUCAUCGAGGUGCUCAUUUUGCACUUGGAGAGCUUGCGAGAUGACCCGAUGCUUUCUCCUUUCCCGGUCAAGGAUGACAAGAAAAGUCGAUCGAUGAUACCCGGAACGCCCGGGUUCAAGCUUGGGGUACCAGGGGUACCUGGUCUGGGGAACAGCAAAGGUGCACAAGUCGAACCGUCACGAGAUCGCGUCAAAGAGCUGCUUAAUUGCUGUCGUAUUUUGACAAGACUUUUACCGGUUCUAAUGGAGGGCGAUCACGAUGCAGAGUGCACCAUUGAGGCAGAUGGUGGCAUCGACCCGAACGUCUCCCUUGCCUCUGAUGAGCUUGAGCGGCAGCUGCUCUGGGAUCGCAGACGAACCUUGGAAAGGGAAGAAAAUACUCAAUUUAGGGUGCCGCUGUCUCAAAAGGACCAUGCCGAGACCGUCACCGCUACUGAGGAUCCGUUCGUUAUCGAUGACAUGGACGAUAUCGAUGAAGUGGUACUAAGUCGUGAAGCAUCAUCUUCAGGGGCAAAGGCAGCACCGUCAGAUCCGUUGGGAGCGACUAACAACCGGUCCAUCGAUCCGGUCACGGCCGAUCUCGCGGAGGAGGAUGGCGAUCUACCGCCGAGCCUUGGAGAGCGUCUGAUCGAAAUCGUCAUUGACUUCUUAUUCUAUUCGGGAAUCACCAUCCCCUGGACAGAAGAGCUGCUCCAAACACCGCCUGCCGAAGCUGAAGGUAUCUCACGGGUCAAUUUUGCUAUUUGGACUUCUGGCAUCGGCUCUUCGGUGGAUCUUUCAGGGACGGAGACGUUCCAUGAGUCCAACCGCAUCACCAUACUGCGACUUCUUCUCGUUCUCAUUUCCAAGAGCGUCUACAUUCCAGCACACUUGCAUGCCAAGACCGAAAAUCCAGCGCUCCAGUACACGGUCGAAACAUUAGACAGAAGCGUUGUCUUGCCGCUUCUCUGCAGCUUGCUUAACACGAUCGCAAAGAGCACGGGAACACCUGGGUGGAUUGAGGGCCUUGUACCCAACGUCAUCAAGCCCGGCAAUGUCAAGGAUCGGUUCGCCGGCAUCACGAGUGGCAGCAGUAAGGAGCAUGAAGGGAGCAGUGUUCUAGUUGGUCUUUCUCUUCAGAUCAUCAAUGUAUUGCUCAGCUAUGAUUCGCCUCAGCUGUCAUAUCCUAUGGACGAAAUGGCGGCGCCUCACUUCGCUGUACCGCAACGUCCACCACUAGCCACCGCAGAUUCGUACGCGUCGCGAGACUUUCCCAUUGCCAGAAGCACAUCCGAUGCCACGCAUACACGCCACCAAAAGCCCAACAUAUUCCGCUUCUAUAUUUCCCGACUACAUCGCGUUGCAGACUUUGUGUGCCUGUGGAACGGCAUAGCAGGGAUUUUGGAACAUUUCAUUCCCUCGGGCAAUCAGAUCAUCCCACUCUCGCUUCAACUACCGGGGAACACCGCAGACCCUGCGUCGACUGUCUUGCACAUCCCCGAGACGCUCAUACUGCUCUGGUCGCUCAUCGACCACAACCCUCGAUUCCGGAACUUUGUGCUGGAUGACGUGUACAGAGCACCCCAGCUGCUCUGCGACCUGCUAUACUUCACACUUGCCAAUAAAGACAAUCUGGCACAGCAGGGUCUCGUACGACUGUGUGUCUUCAUGUUGCAAGACAUUUCCGCCGAGCGAGCUUUCGCAAUCAACAUCAGCAAGGUAGGCAGCUAUCCGAAAGGCAAGCUGCCAGCCAAGUUUGCACCUUCCGGUGGAGAGGGAAGCGCAGCCGACCUGCUUGUGCAGUCGGUGUACCAUUUUUUGGGCUCUACAAAAGGGGCACUGGCGUCGCUGUAUCCUCCACUGAUCAUCUCGCUCAGCAAUACGGGAGCUUUCUGGCGCUCACUAUCCGUCACCUCUUCUGCUCGUUUGGUCCAGCUGCUGUCUUCCUUUUCCAACGCUGCCUUCCUACUCGCGGAUGAGGGUAACCCGCGCCUGCUGUUUUACAUGCUGGAAGCAUUGACUUCGCUGAUCCAGUAUCAAUUUUCCAGCAAUCCGAAUUUCGCGUACGCCCUCGUGGGGAGAUCGAAACCAUCCAUCGACAAACUCGCCAACUUCACGCUUCGUCGAGGGAUCGCGGAAAUCCGGCGUGUGCGGAGGGGGCGUGAGAGCGUUAAUUCUCGGUUAGCCGAGACAGCUGCCGCUUCGACGAGAAAAGAAUGCUUGGUAGCGGCAGGGCCCUUGUCUCCUGGAUUUCCGUCUCCCAGUUCAGGUCCUUUAUUCCUGGCGCCGACCACAGCCGAGCCCCUGGAAGCGGCACUUCUGCCGGACGAUGAAAAGCGCCAACUCGCAGAGCGCGACCAGGUGUUGGCUGCAGCAAUGCAAGGAGCGACCGAAGGGGUGCAAGCGUUCGGACUUUGCGACCAUCCAGCCCCGCCGAAGGCCGAGUGCAUCCCACUUGCGCCAUCUGACCGAGUUCGCGCCAAGAUGCGACAGACGUCGAAUGGUACGUCAACCGCUUUCAACCAAGCCCCAUCAGUGACAGAGGCAGACGCGCUUGUUGAGAGUCUCACCGAAGAUGAGCUAUACGUUGCGGCGAGCACAAUCGGUCGCAACGGCUUUGUAGCUACGGAAGAAUGGGUCGCUAGCUGGCAACGACGGCUUCCCCUUAACACUCUGGAAGUCGCGCUAAAUUACCUCGUCCCCAAAGUUGAGGAGUUUAGCGCUUCGCAAACGGUUGCCAACAAGCAAAAUGCCGACGAGCGCGUCCUUGCUUUCUUGAGGGAGCAGUCUCUGAAAGGCUUGCUCCCAGAUGCGCCACCGAUCUCACGGCCAUUUCAGUGGAACGAGCAUGCUGCCAUCUGGUUGCAAAGCUAUCUGUGGGGAGUUAUCUAUGUUACCGCACUCUUGCCGCUUGGAAUCUGGACCGGCACGAAUGCGCGCCUCUUUGCCCUCAAAGUACAGCAGGACAAGGUACGGCGGCGCAGUUCUGUUAGUGGAGGAGGGCCGGCUGCAUCAGCUCCUGUGAACGCGCUCUUCAGCGCUGGCGCAAUGGUCAGCGGCGCUUUUGGCUCUGCCAUAGGCGGUCUGGGCGGGGUGCUAAGCUCAACACCGAACGCGGGCACAAGCGCAGGAAUCUCACCAUCAGCGACUACAUCGAGGCUCGAGCGCUCAAAUGGGAGACAUUGAAGCCCCUUGGCUGAUGCGGCGACACAGC